GAUGUAUUUUACUGAUGAUCGCUCACAUGUAUCCCCUUGAUAUCAGCAAGGACUGCAAUCUGCGUGUUGCUACUUUAUGGGCUGCUGAUAUGUGUUAUACUGUAAAUGUAAUUAUGGAAUCAGACUCCGGCACAACCGUCUAGCUGUGGCCUAGUAAUUAGACUAGGAUGGGAAGGAUUGUGACGGCAUAACAAAAAGGCAGAACAUCAAGAAGUCAUGCCACUGAUGUCGGGUCCACCACCUCAGCUAGGAGACCUGAUUGAAUUUUUCCGGCCUUUGUACCAGCACUGGGGAAUAUACGUAGGGAAUGGCUAUGUUGUCCAUCUCACAGAUCAAGACGGCUGGUCAAGCUUGUCAUCAGCUUUUGGUGGCUCUGCAGUGGUGAGAAAAGAUCGCCUGGAAGAUGUUGCACAUGGCUGCAAUUACAGAGUGAAUAAUAAAUUUGAUCAGAAGAUGAGUCCGUACCCCUCAGAAAAGGUGGUGCAAGCAGCACUGCAGCAAUUGGGUCAGAUAAUGCCAUAUAGUGUCACCAGUGCCAACUGCGAACAUUUUGUUACAGAACUACGAUAUGGAAACUGCUUCUCUGAGCAGGUUGCUAAUGUUGCCCUUUACACAGCAGUUGGAGGAGGAAUACUAGCAGCAGCAUUAGCCACCCUUGCUAUUAUUACAAGGAGCAGACGGCAAAACCAGUAAUGGCAAGAGAGAGUUGCUGAAAAGUGAAUGCAGAAAUGGUACAACAAAUGAACUGUCAACUGCAAACAGGCAACGAGUGUCAUAGUUUUUAUAUAUUCAUAUAGGGAUUUCUGCUAAAAAAAAACUUUUAAACCCUUCCUAACAACAGCAGCUGCAGACUUAUUCAUACUACUGUUGCCUUACCACAAAGGUCUUCUAAAGAUAAGAGUAAAUAAAAAUCCUAUGUCGCAGAAAUAUAGAUAUGACUUCCUGAAGAAAUAUCAGAAGCGAGACUUUACAUGAAGAAUAACCCAAAGCAGCAAGUUAAAAAAAAAAAUAUAUAUUUUAUCACUGUAACAUACCCGGUUAUACACUGAUUUACAAGUGUUUUGGCUUAUCUUAACCACUUCAUUCCUGGGCACUUAAACCCCCUUCGUGCCCAGACCAAUUUUCAGCUUUCAGCGCUGAC